AUGGGCUCUGAAAUGGAUACCUUUGCGGCCCGCCUAGCCAGCUUCGAUUUAGUGCUGAAGCCGGAGAAACGCAGAUCUUCCGGCACAAAAACACCCAAAGCGAUUACAUGGCCGCACCAGCGACCUUCACCAGCUGAGUUGGCACACGCUGGAUUCUACUACAAACCAUACGAGACAAAUCCCGACAACACAACAUGUUUCCAGUGCCACCGGGCGCUGGAUGGCUGGGAGGAGGACGACAAUCCCAUCACAGAGCAUCUCAAGCAUGCGCCCGACUGCGGAUGGGCCAUCAUGAUGGACCUCCAACAGAGUAGCUCCAACCCCGCCUCGAUUGAAGACCCUACGGGCGACCGAAUUACGCAAGCGAGACUGGCAACAUUUGGUACAGUGUGGCCUCAUGACGGGAAAAAGGGCUGGGUAUGCCAGUCGGAGAAGAUGGUAGAAGGCGGAUGGUAUUUCUGCCCUACAGACGAGAGCAAUGACCUGGCCAGUUGUGUCUAUUGCAAGUUGUCUUUGGACGGUUGGGAGCCCAAAGACGACCCAUUUGACGAACACUAUCGCCGCUCCUCGGAUUGUUCAUUCUUUGUCUUCGCCCAGCCACCAGGAAAGAAGAGCAAAUCCGCUCGUGCUAAGAAACCUCGGGUUUCCAAGGCAUCCUCCCGGCUCUCAACCCAGUCCGUUGGUUCAGUUGCAUCCGAAGCGCCCGAUAUGGAAGUAGAUGACCCGAUGGGCCAAAGCAUCAUGUCCCAAUCCAGCACAAAAUCCAAAUCUACGAAGAAGGCACCGAAGAGCAAAUCAAAGGGGACCAAGACUAAGAAGGAAGAACCAGCGGAGGUGGAAAGCCAAAUUGACGCCGAAAUUGAAGAAGUCGCCCAAACAGAGCCUGUCAAACCUAAACGUGCAGGCAAAGGAAAGAAGAGGACCAGUGAGGAUAUCAAGGAUGAACCAAACCCAGUUGCCAUGGAGGAAAAAGAGCCAUCGCAGCCGCCAGCAGAACCUCCAGCGAAGAGACGCGACACAAAAACACGCAGCAGCAGCAUUACUCGCAGCUACAAUUAUGAACACAGUGACUCUGCAAUGGCAGACGCAAGGCCGGUGGAUGAAGCUACUUCGGAAGAAGAAACCACGAGAGGUCGCAAGCCCACGAGAAAGAGAGCGUCCAAGACCCGCAAGGUCUCCGAUGUUCCUGUUGCAUCAAAAGCCCCGUCAAAGGCGCGAGCUCCUCGUGACUCCGAGAUCGAAGCGGAAAUCGAAGCAGGCCUCGAAGCUGAUAUCCCCACACCUGCCGAACCCGAGCCUGAGAUCGAGGCUGAGCCAGCAGAGCCACGGGCGUCGAAGAAGACAAAAUCGAGCAAAAAGUCCAAGGCUGUGGCUAGAAUUCCCGAAGCGACCGUGCAUAAUCAAGUAGAAGAUGUCAGUGAUCGCGAGGACCGUUCAGAUCCCCACGUGGAACCGGUUGAUGAUGAACCGGAGGCGCCAGCCCCAAAGACCAAGCUGGCAAAAGGAUCUAAGAAGAAGGGGACAAAGAAAACCAAGACCGAGGAGACGAUAAAAGCACAGUCGCCAGAGCCUCGAGAAUCCUUAGGGCUCAGGGGUCCCGAUGUUCGGGAUGAUUCCGAGCGUCAUGACUCCUUCGUCUCCGUCGAGAUUAUUAGCAAGGAGCCGGAGAAUGCACCGGAGCCCGAAGAACCAAUCGCCAAGGCUGAAUCGAAGAAGAUUUCCAAGAAGAAGGAUGGCACAUCAACGAAAGAGAAGAAGUCCAAGAAAUCCGAGAAAAAGGCGGAGCAAGCUCCUGUUCUUCAACCCUCAGUCGAAGAACAUCGCGCCGAACCGUCAGUCGAGGAACAAGACGAUGAAUUCGAGACUACAGACGAUUUGCCUGACCAGCUUGAGAUAGUCAACCCUUCCCCUCCACAACAAAUAUCUCCCGAGCCACAAUCUCAUAUUAAGACACCCAGUCUACCGCCAAAGACUGCCAAACGGUAUAGCGAUAUCCCACACGAAGAGCAUCUUGCGGAGACCUUAGUCCAAAGCCAGAUCUCCCCUCACGAAGUGCAUGAGCCUCGACGGAAUUCAAACCGCUCUAACCGGGCCGUUUCACCACUUCCUCCAGCCCACCAAAACACUCCCUCGCCGUCACCCCAGUCAUCAGAUGCAGAAAACCGGCCGCCAUCGCGGCCCUCAGCAUCCCGUGCACCAGUCCAACCAACACCCAAGCAACCUGAGUUCCGAGUCCCCCUGGCAGUUAGUACCCCAUCGCCAUCUAAGCGCAACGCCAAUGGUGGAUUCGGACCUUCUGGCCAUCCAUGGACACCGGUGGAUAUUGAUGAAGUGCUGUUUGGAGAGGCUAGCGAGAAGGAAAACGCAGAUUUAUCCGGACUGUUCAGAGGCGCGAAAGCCAGCUUGACUAGCCCAGAGAAGAAAAUGACAGUCCAAGAAUGGAUCGCGUGGAACGCAAAGAAUGGCGAAGAACGACUGAAGCGAGAAUGCGAGCGACUUGUCAGCCAAUUCGAGAAGGAAGGUGGCCGAGCAAUGCGACGGCUCGAAGCUAUCGAGUGCAUCGACUAA